AUGAGUGUGUCAGUGCCAGUGAAACAGUAUGGAGUAACACCACCGAUUUCUACGGCGGCAUCAACACCUGAACAAGUGAAAUUGAACGAUGCCAUGAUAGAAGAAUUGAGAAAUCAAGGCUCGUUCGAAACAGAGGCAGGAGUUUUGAAAAGAAGAGAAAUUCUUGCCACGUUGCAAACACUUGUAGAAGAGUUUGUGUAUACAGUUUCGAGAAAGAAGAAUAUGAGCGAGGGAAUGUCGAAAGAUGCUGGUGGUAAACUUUUCACGUUUGGAUCGUACCGUUUAGGAGUAUACGGACCAGGAUCGGAUAUCGAUACGUUAGUUGUGGUGCCUAAACAUGUUACGAGAGAAGACUUUUUCACGAUUUUUGAUCAAAUUAUAAGGAAGAGACCAGAAUUACAAAACAUUCAGUCAGUUCCGGAUGCUUAUGUGCCUAUUCUCAAGACCGUGUUUGACGGCGUAGACAUCGAUAUUAUCUGUAGCCGUCUAGAUGUGCCCCAGGUACCACUUGACAUGUCUUUAAAGGACAACAACUUGUUGAGAAACAUUGAUGACAAAGAUCUUCGGGCCUUGAAUGGUACCCGUGUGACCGAUCUUAUACUACAAUUGGUUCCACAAAAAACUGUGUUCCGUGCAGCCUUACGUACCAUUAAGCUAUGGGCCAAAAAGAGAGCGAUCUAUGCUAAUAUGUUUGGUUUUCCCGGAGGUGUUGCCUGGGCUAUGCUUGUGGCCAGAAUUUGUCAGCUAUAUCCUAAUGCUGUUGGUGCUGUUAUAGUGGAGAAGUUUUUCCACAUUUACCUUCAAUGGAAGUGGCCCCAGCCUGUGGUGCUUCAGCAGAUUGGGGAUGGUCCAUUACCAGUGAGAGUUUGGAAUCCUCAAUUGUACGGCCAGGACAGGUCACAUAUAAUGCCAGUUAUCACGCCUGCUUAUCCAUCCAUGUGUGCCACCCAUAAUAUUGGUGCAUCCACUCAGGCGAUCAUUUUGGAAGAAAUUCGGAGAGCUUCAGAGAUUGUGACGGAUAUAGAAUCUGGAAAUAAGAAGUGGAACGCUCUAUUCGAAAAACAUGACUUCUUCUAUAGAUACAAAUUUUACCUUACGGUGAUCACAGCUACUAAAGGUUCUUACGAGGAACAUUUGAAGUGGAGUGGUAUGGUGGAGUCGAAGUUGAGAUUAUUAGUGCAAAGAUUAGAACCAAUUGAAGGAAUUGUGUUAGUUCAUCCUUACGUCAAGCCCAUGAUGAACGCAUAUUUGUCUAAAGAAGAAAGCGAUCUUUUCAAGAUGAAAGAACUCUACGGCACACUAGAAGGGGAAAAGUUCGCUAAAGACCACUUAGAAGAAUUUAAGAUCGAUGACGAUACUGAUGUGAAAAAAAUUGAAGAAGAAGCAGCUAAGGCCAACAAACAUAUCGUCUAUUUGAUGAAACUAUACAUUGGAUUGAAAUUGGACAUGAAAGGUACCAACAAGAAGCUGGAUAUUCAAGUACCAUGCUCGGAAUUCGACAUGAUCUGUCGGGGCUGGCCCGCUUUUGACCAGGACAAGAACUCUCUUAGUAUUCGUCACGUAAAACUUUGGAACUUGCCUAAUGAUGUUUACGAAGAGGAUGAGAAGAGACCAGUUAAGAGGUCGAAGAGAAAGGCUUCAGAACAUCAGAGUAACGGUGAGUCUACGCACAAGAAGUUGAAAGGUGACACGUCCUCCUCGUCUGCAGCUACCCAGGUGCAAGCCGGAGCUCCGCCUUCCUCUGGAGUCGUGGCCAACGCCAGUACAUAA